AAAUUAAAGCCCUGUUGAGCGAACAACAAAUGCAUGCCUUGACUUUGCUGGCUGUUUGCAGGUGUAAAGUUUCUGUCCUCCAUUGUUUGCAUCGCUCUGUAUUCCAGAUGUCGUACUCUAAGGAUACAGAAGAUACUCUAACGCCUGUGGAUUUUAUCCAGCUGCAGGAAUACAUGCAAUACAGCACUUUAAAGGUGAAAGAUGUUAUCGGGGAGUUUGAGAGUGGAGGUCGGCUGGCCCAGCACAGCUCUCGAGAGUAUGUGGAUGCAGAAGGAUUCAGCUUGUUCCUCAAGACCUACCUUGAGGUCGACGACUUUCCUGCAGAUUUCUGCCAGCGCCUUUUCCGUUACUUCCAAAAUGUCGAGCAGGAAGCGUCCACGACAACAAUCCAGGCCAAGGGGGGAGUGUUUCUCCGUGACAUGUCCUGUUACUUCUCAGUGUUGGAAGAUGGGCAGCCACGGGAGAAGCUGGAAUUUACUUUCAAACUUUAUGACAAAGAUGGUAAUGGACACCUGGAUAGCUCUGAAGUGGAUCGGAUCAUUACACAGAUGAUGCGAGCCGCUGAUUACCUCGGCUGGGAUGUGGCUGAGCUCAGAACUGUGCUGAAGGACAUGAUGACGGCAAUUGAUGUUGAUUCCAGCGGUACUGUCACACUGGAGGAAUGGCUGAAAGGAGGCAUGAACAAUGUGCCUUUACUUGUUCUGCUUGGACUGAAGGUGCCGCAAAGGGAUGGGCAGCAUAUUUGGAGAUUGAAGAAUUUUAACAAACCGGCCUACUGUUGUGUGUGUAAGAGCAUGCUCCUCGGCCUCAGGAAGCAAGGACUCUGCUGCAGCCGUUGCAAGUAUACUGCCCAUAGUCACUGUUCCAACAAGAACGUUGAGCCCUGUGCUCGCACCUUUGUCAAAUCUAAACAGGAACUGAGGGUGCAGUCUCACGACUGGGUGAGAUCGGACCGCAGCUCCAAGUGUCAAGUUUGCUCGAAGAAAAUUAAAACCUUAGCUGGAAGGCGAUGUGUGUGGUGCCAGCAGAUGCGGCACGAUGAGUGCAUCUACACUGGACUAUCCACCUGCAACUGUGGUCCACUGAAAGACCAUAUACUCCCACCAUGGGCCAUAUAUGGUCACUCCAAGAAACAGGACACCGAUCUUUUAAACGUGACCCCCGAUGGCAACAUAUUACAGACUGUCCCAAUUCCUGACAUUCACCCUCUGCUGGUGUUGGUAAAUCCAAAAAGUGGAGGAAACCAGGGUGAAAGAGUUCUCUGUAAAUUUCAGUACCUGCUGAAUCCACGCCAAGUGUACAACCUUUCAAAUGGAGGUCCUUCCCCUGGGCUCCAUUUCUUCCGCAAUCUUUCCGACUACAGGAUCUUGGCGUGUGGAGGAGAUGGCACUGCCGGGUGGAUCUUGGAUGCCAUCGACAAAGCUGACCUGCGGGUGAAUCCUCAAGUAGCGAUUUUGCCCUUGGGUACAGGAAAUGACCUGGCUCGUUGUCUGCGCUGGGGUGGAGGCUAUGACGGGUCUGACCUGACAGAGAUCCUGAAGGAGAUUGAGACCAGUGAGCUGAUCCAAAUGGAUCGCUGGAGCAUUCAGGUGAUACCAAGUGAUCCUAAGCAAGUGGGAGACCCCGUCCCCCACCAGAUCAUCAACAACUACUUCUCCGUAGGAUCAGAUGCUUCUGUUGCUCAUCGUUUCCACUCUAUGAGAGAGAAAUACCCUCAGAGGUUCAACAGCAGAAUGAAAAACAAGCUCUGGUAUUUGGAGUUUGCCACAUCUGAGACCAUCAAUUCUUCUUGCAAGAACCUCACAGAGUGUCUCGCCAUUGAGUGCUGUGGGAAACCUCUUGAACUGAGUGGCACGUCUCUCACGUGCAUUGCUGUCCUCAACAUACCCAGCAUCUACGGCGGCUCCAACCUGUGGGGCGAGUCCACUAAGCCUGGUGGUCCACCACGUGAACCACGUGAAGUCAUCACUGAUCCAGAAGUUCUUAAAACAGUAGCACAAGACAUGACUGAUAGGCGUCUAGAGGUGGUAGGGCUGGAAGGGAUGAUGGAAAUGGGACAGAUCUACACUGGGCUGAAGAGCGCUGGGCACAGAUUGGCACAGGCUUCCCAAAUUACAAUCAGGACAUUCAAAGCAAUGCCCAUGCAAAUUGACGGGGAGCCGUGGUUGCAACCUCCUUGUACAAUCCACAUAACUCAUAAGAACCAAGCUAACAUGUUAAUGGGUCCACCGGCAAAGCCAUCCGGUUUCUUCCACCUCAAAUAGAAACAAUCUUUUUCCACAGAGGGACUCUGGAAAACAGGACUCUAUUUUAUAUUUUCACAUUCUUUUAGAUAGCAUUUGGUGUGUGUUUUGUUGCAGAGAAUUCCUAAACUGUUAUUUUGCACUUAUGUUACUGUACUUGUUCGGAUGGAUUGAUGGUUGUUUUACCUGAUUUUAAAGGAGGAUGAGAAAUAUGGUGUUGUGUUUGUUAUAUGGCUAAAAUAGAAAUCAGUAGCAGGGUGUUAGCGUUUCAAUUGACAUGCUUACCUACACUUGGUGCAUUCUAUACAUAUAUUUAUUUCUGCGUUUUAAUUAAGGACUGGGUGUAACGGUUAAAAAAAAUUUCCUUAAUUCAACAUGUUUGAAUUCUAGUGUUAUGCUGUUAUGCUUCCACUACUGUUAAUUUGCCCAUUCUUCUUGUCCAGCAUAAAUUGUACAGCGAGGCCUGUAUAGCCUAAUAAAUAAAUAUCAAGAU